CUUCUCUCCUUAAGCAACUAUGGCUCGUACUAAGCUAGUUGCUCUUUCCUUCAUAGUGUUGCUAAGCAUUAGUCUCUCUGAGGCAAGCCGAUUCUUGACUGGUGGAGGCGGCGGCGGCGGCGAAGGUGGUGGUGGGGGUGGUGGCUCUGGGAUUGGCUCCGGAUCUGGCUAUGGUUCCGGAUCUGGUUAUGGUGAAGGAGGUGGAUCAGGGUCCAGUGGAGGAGGGUAUGGAAGUGGCGGAGGUGGCGGAGGUGGCGGCGGAUCCGGUGGUGGGAGUGGAAGUGGGAGUGGGUCGGGAUAUGGGUCCGGCAGUGGUUCCGGGUACGGUGAAGGCGGUGGUGCCUAUGGUGGUGGAUAUGGAAGUGGCGGCGGCGGGGGUGGCGGUGGCGGUGAAGGCUCUGGUUCCGGGUCUGGCUAUGGUGCAGGCUAUGGAUCUGGGUAUGGAAGUGGGGGUGGGGGGCACCCUUGAACUCCUAGACCUACGUCUACCUGAAGCCCUGCACGUUACACUCCUUGCACCGCAAGUCUCUUUCUCUCCGUUUUCUUCCAUAAUUGCAUGUAUAUCAGAAUAAUAAAAUAAAAGGGUUUCUGGUUUAAAUAAAUGUUAUGUUGAAGAAAAGGACA